CAAAACACCAGCUGCGGAUACUGGGUUACAAGUCAUCAAAAUAACAUAAUACGAGUGCUGAAGUUUUGGGUUACGGGUCCAUAAAAAUAGCAAACAGUGUUGGUCGGGAACAUUCAACAGCAUUAUCAGACAGCGUCAUCUUUAUGUUCAAUAAUUCUACAGUGCGUGUAGAUUAGAUUACGAAUUGAUGAGAAGCCUGUUGACGGCGUAAUCAACGGUGAAGGUAUUCCUCAUAUUUUUGUAAUAAUUAGAUCACAUAUUCUGUCAGUAGGCCUUCAUCAUUCGUACAUGUGGCUUCUCAGCUGCACUCGACGUGCACUUCUUUCGGCGUGGUGUGACGUAAGCGCUGCGUCAGUGAAAUCUUACUCGGCCCUUCUACUGUGUUGUCAUUCCAACCACGCACAUGGUGGCUGAGUGACCUUAGCUUUAGUCAUAACGGAAGCGUAGUGUUGUGUGCUACCAGACCUCAGAUCUUUAUUCAGAAUUCAAGAGCUCGUCAACUGGAACGGCAGGUGAUCAAACAGUUCCAUGACUGAUAACUCUGUAAAGCUGAAGCAUUUUGUUCGAACGGGAGAAUAACACCAACAAGACCGAUAUACAUCAACAGGAGCCAGACGGGUGAGAGUCUGCCCUGGCUUAAAGAACUAGACCUUAGAGGUCGAAAAGAGUUUGAAUAUCGGUGAAACAGACUGUAUCAUAUACACGUGCCGGUGUCAAUAAGUCAGAAGACGUUUGAACCUUGCACGGCUCGUAAAAGAAUUACCGGCACAGAUAACGGCAUAUUUAUACUGUUAGCCACUGCUCGCCAGGGUACGCCGCUCUCGUGAUGACCGUGAUCAACCGCACCUUAAGUACCUUACAAGUAGCCUUUAACACUGUAGACAGGGACAGAUUUUUCUGAGAGAUAGACUGGAGAUUGGACUGGACAAAACACCUAGCAUUAUUACGGAAGGAUAAUUGUCUUACACCUGAAGAUUUCUUGUCAGUUGGCCACCACUCCGACGAAGCCUUUUAUCUUCUAUUAAAACCCGCCUUCAGGCAUGUAAAUGGGGUGUUUUUACUUGCCCCUUUAAUGGUUUUUCCUGCAGCUAGAAAGCUACGUCAUAGGUCAGGAUCUUGUUAAUAAUAAAAACCAUGUCGUAUAUCAAACGCGUCAUGCAAAACUGGCGGCUGUCCAGAAUAGAGGAGGAGUUGGAUAUACUGCACUUUCAAAACAUCCCCGUGCCACCACCGGAGACGGGAGAGGGAGGUGACCCCACCGGGACGCAGGAGAGGAAGAAUUUAAACAGACGUAGCCGUGUGUUGGAAUUCACUGAUGUUCCGCUGACGCCUGUAGCAGAUGGUAAAGAACCCCUUUACUCCUCGCCUUCUUCUCUUGUCCAACCGGCUGAUAUAAUGACCUCGCAACAACAGCCGCAACAUGAACAGCAUUCAACCAAGAAAGAUGGCGAAGUUGCGGCCAAAGUGAUCACGGAAAAGUAUGACUCAUUAGGCAAGGUAAAAACCGCCUUCGUGGAGAAUAAUGUAUUCUGUCAACAGCAGCCGCAGCAGGCACAGACAGCCGCAGGUGGGAAACAAGAAAGCACACUCAUGACGGGCCUGGAGGAGGUUGAUGAAAUUACCGAAGACGACAUCGGACAAGUGGAGUCCUUCUAUAAAAGUUUGAAAACGGACGUGAUAUGUUGCCAAGGUCUUGCUAAUCUGUACUUUGGGACGCUGAAAGGCAGCGCCACGGUAGACUCUUGGACCCUAGCACAUUCGGGAAUCCCCUUGUUAUUACUGGACACGGGGGAAGGGCACAGAAAGCGGCGACUACAUAUCAUUCUAGCUGAGAGAGGCACGGGGUUUAUUCUUUGGAGGGACUCUAUCGAUCAUCUCACAAACUAUAAGUCGCCACACCCAAAUUUUCACACCCUUCAUCUCUCCACAGAUCACACCAAGAUCGUCGGCCUAAGCUUUGACGAUGCGUUCGCCGCGGCGGAGUUUCAGAGGACUUAUCAUGAUUUAAUAUCCGAUCCCGAGGACGAUCUCUUGAAUGUGAGUAGGAAAAAGGGAAAGAAAAGGAAAGAGUUAGAAAAGAAACUCAGAUCUAAUCGGAGGCAUUACAAGCCACCGAAGAAAAAUGACAUUUCACAGCCAUGUUGUUUUGAGCAUGUGACAAAACUUGAGCGUUGUGACAGAGAUCGGUUGGUGACACUUCAUUCUCUUGUUUCCCCUCGGGAGGGGGACAGGGACAUUUGGCAUCUAAAACAACAGAAAAAUGGUCACACGAGCAGCCAAUCGGGACAACUAAACAGUGUAGCAAGCUGACCGAGCACAUUCUGUGAGAACGAUCCAAUGUAAGUGUAUUGGGUCAUAGGAGAUUAAACUAUCAAACUGUUUCCAGUAAAAGGUACAGCAAGGCGUUUAGAAGGUUUUACGCCAUGACACGGAAUAAAACCACCAGCAACUUGCUCUUUCGAAAAAACACAUGGCAUAUUUACCCGUGGUAUAUAACUCGAAGGAUAUUAAUCAACGGUCACCAUGUGAACAGCAUGAAUCAUGUGCCAGCAACGCAUUUUAUUUUUAUUUGAGGUAACGAACUUAAGUUACCCGCAGCACUGUGUGUUGUUUAAUACCUUGUUGCGUUUUUAACACCAUUCUGCUUUUUUACGAUGAACAAAAUAUGUUUUUACUGCAUGACUCAUUCUGACUUGCCACGAUCGGACAAGGAUAUGAAUAGAUAAAGGAAUUACGGAUUGCAUCCCAUGUACAUGACACUAUGGAUUUAGUAUGACCAGCAUAUAAGAUCGCCACGGGCUUCGUUCUAGUCUUAAUUACUGCAGUUCUUAAGCCAGCUCAUUUUUAUUUGAACACUUAAUGGUACAAUGGUGCAUCUCUCUGCGAUCUUCUUAAUUAUCUUGCCGAGAGGGAAAGUUACGAGAUGAAUACAAGUAGCCAUUAAUAAAAUUAUGAAUGGACGUUGAAUUGAUAUCUCGAUUAUCAUGCAAAGGAGGCCUUUGCUUGAUGCUUGAUACGACAUAUUUUCGUGAUCUCAGUCGAGAAAGAUGCAAUAGAUGUUGUCAUUACACGCAAUAUGGACAGACAGUGUGUCGGCUGAAUAUGUGAAUGUCACCGCCAUCCAGCUCUGGCCAAAUUUCAGUUCAUAAGUUACUCUGUUGAUUUGUUAAAUGCAUGAUACAUUUGUUUGUGCAUUUUUAAAGAAGGGGGGGGGGUGUAGUUAAGUAAUUAAUAAGUUUGAUAUGUCAUAAGUGCCACGUUAAUACAGAAGUAUCAAAAUUGUAAAAAAAAUAGGUUUAUGAGAAAUCUUUUUAGAGGUUUUAUUAAUAGUACUUUUAAGGAAAGGAAAUGAUAAAGAAUGAAGCAGUGAUGUCAGAAAGAUGACAAAAGAUAUACUUCGCCAAGAUUCUAGAGGUGAUAUGCGGCAAGAUGGCCGAAAAUUGAGCUAGUGAUAAGACGGUAUGCAUUUAUUAAGAGGGCUGAUGAUAUAUACCUUGCUGUCAUGUUUAAAAGAAAAUACGAAACUAUUUUUGGACAGGUCCCAUGGAUUGAAUUGUUUACAUUUUAUAGCCUAUUUACAUCACACAGCUUGACAUCAAAAUCAAACGUGUCUAAUUUUAUACCCCACAAAAUGUACAUAUAAACAUGCAAGAACGCCCUUGUAGUGAACUAUCAAAGGAAACUGGUUGAAAGGCGAUGACAAACGUUCGCUGUUAAUAACACGGAAAGUGUUAAAUGUUUAAGUGUCUGCCAUCAAGGACUUAUCAAGUGCCUGUCACCCCAUUUUUAACCCAAGUAAAAGAUCUUGUCUUGUGUGAGAGGUUGUUCUUGCUCAUUGUGGAUACUUACGAUGACUAGUGUUACUUGUUAAUUGCACAGAGGGUAUUAAAUUGUUUCAUGUCUGAAAUCAAGAUCUUGGGAGGUCAUCUCGUUCCUGUCUGAGUAGACAGAACUGCAUCUUUUCGAAGAGUUUACACUCGAUUCGUUAAAGUUAAGCAUCAGAAAAGUGUUCGCUAUUCAGAUCAUAACAAGCGAUAUUGUCCUCCGUGGAAAGAUAACACUAAUUUUUAGGGAAGUAACAGUCGUUUUCCCUGUUCAAGAAGUUCUUGUUAUGGUCUCAAAUCACAGUGGGGUACCAGGCAGGUGCGUUAUGAUUUCGCCAAGAGGCCACACGCCUGAAGACCUCUGUAGUCCAGUGUAGGAAAGCUGCAGGCUUUCUCUAGGUACCCUGCGUGUUAAAGAACCGCGCUUUACUGUUGCGGCAACCUAAGACAAGCGCUGGGUGAGAAAUUGCUUUCUGGCAGUAAAUCCUCUGAAACACGGGGUACUGAACAGCCGCAUAUUUUGGAAUAACCAGAUUGAUUUAUUAUUUGGUGCUGCCACAGUUAAGACGCAGUCAAUAUGGCAAAGGGCAAGUCUACGUUUUAAAUAACCGGGAUCCUGGAAGCUGUAAAUUCGGAAAAUUAACACAGACAAUUCACUACAUGGCUUCUUGACGAUUUCUCCACCUUCUUUGUUUUUAAACAAACUCGGGCAACUUGCUUAAUAAAGUUAGAGGUUCUGUUUUUA